AUGUGCGAAGGCGCCCCUUCCCUCGCCUUCUACCUGCUCCUGGCUCAGCCUUCCCAGACAACGCCAAGCCCCCCUCCGUCUCCCCCCGUGUUUCCUUCAACUCCGAAGGGGAGGAGACUAAAAAGUUCUCCCUCUCCUCCAGCCGCGACGGUAGCGGCAAUCCGAGCCACGGCAGCAAGGCGGACGGAAAGCGCGAGCCCGAGCCGAGGCGCCAUCGGGGGCCGCCGAGGUGAGGGACAAGUCGGGGAUCGGAAUGGGGCGCCUGAAAGCGGGGCGGGGAGGACAGGCACCCCCACUUUCCUCGUCCUGGCGGGAAGGGAGGCGGGGAGGGAAGGCGCGGUCAUCCUCCAUAUGCAUCCCCGGCAAGUCUCGACGCUGCGCUCGCGGGUGGGCUUUUGCGGAGGGGUCGCUUCUCUCCCUCCCCCCAGAAAAAGUAGCCCCCGGUCUUUCUCUGCCCGGUGCCUGCAGCGGGGCGGGGGGGGGAGGGAGCCGGGAAGAGCCGCCCGCGCGCUUGGAGAGGGUUCCAAGGCGCAGCUCUUGGGGAGGGCGAGGAAGCGCCGUCGCCUGUCCGGGCCGGCCCAGCUAUGCGGGGAGGGGGGCGUUUGGAAUGCGAGGAGGGCUGGCGGCGCUUCUCAAUGGGGAGAAGCGCCCUAGGUGGUCACUCUCCUCGGCCAAUGGUCGGGCGGGAGGACGGCGCCGGCCAAUGAGAGGUUGGCGCCUGCGAACGAAUGUAGCCAAAGAAGCCGCUCUCGGCCAAUGGGAGAGCAGGUGGGCAAGGCCGGGGGAGUGUGAAUGGGUGAGUGGCAGGGGCGCUUGCAGCCUUGUCCCUGCAUCUGAGCCGAAGAUAGGGGCUUGUGGGGUUUGUUGUGUAAUAGGCCCACAGCCCUAGAGAAGGACUUUUCUUUCGGAGGGAAAGGGGUGACUCAUGUGUGGCUUUGGUGGGGAGGCUGAAGCAGAUGCUGAAGUCCCGGUAUUUUUGGAGCUCUGGUUCCAAAUGCCUGAGAGUCUUAGACAGACAUGGGAGCUGAUGUUUUGUAUGCCUGAAGGUCCCAGGUUCACUGCGAGAGACUUCAGUGUUUAGAGCUGCUGCCAGUUUGUUUGUUUAUAUUUAUAUAUACCACUAUAUCACCAAAAUGUAUCAAAGUGGUUUACAACAGUAAAAGUAAGAUAAAGCCAUAUAAUAAAAGCACAAAAAGUUGAAAACAACAAAGCUAGAAGCAAAGAUCAGUAGACCAUUGUGGAGGAUGUACUCUUAAUUGCCUACAUAGACCUGACAGAACAGAAAAGUUUUCAGCAAGUGUUUAAAAGUUGGCACAGAAGAUGCCUGCUGAAUCUCCCUUGGCAGAGAGUUCCACAGGACAGGGUUUGGUUUCUUCUUGUUGUCAAACGAGCCUCACCAACUCUGAGAAGGACCAGAAAUGCUCCUGCAGGUGAUCUCAGUGGUCAAGCUGGGAUAUAAGGGUUUAGGCAGUCCAUGAGUGUCAACGGUAUUGAGCCGAAUGAACUAAUGGUCUGACUUGGUGUAAAUGUGUUGAUGGACCAGAUGCAUCUUUGGUCACAGAUUUUAGCUGAGUGGUAGAGCAUCUGGUUUGCGUUCAGAAGGCCCCAGAUUCAAUUCCCAGCAUCUCCAUGUAAGGCUGGGAGAAACCCAUGUUUCUGAGCUGGUUUGGCCAAUGAUCUGAUGUGGUAUAAGGCAGCUUCCUAUGUUCCUAAAUUCAAAUUGUACAAUCAGCAUUGAUUGGGAGGCCUUACGCAACAGAGUCACCUCCCCAAAAGUUUGGACUUUAUGUGAUAAGAAAUGUGACAUGAAGAUGCACUGGAUGGUGAACAUAAGAAUAGCCAAUGGCCCUUCUAGUCCAGCAUCCUGUUCUCACAGUGGCCAACCAGAUACCUGUGGGAAAGUGUGGGAUGACCCCGAUGCAACAUCAUUUAGCCUCCCCACAUAUAUAUGUGGAUGCAAACUCAAUAAGCAGCUUGUCAUUUAUUCAACUCUUGACAUUCUAUUUUUAUUGCCAUUUUUCUGCCCAUUUUAAGACUCCAGUACAGCGUUUUCAUGCAUACUUUGUCCCCAUCACAUAAGACAAUAAAUUUGUGUGCCGGUAGUUCGUGACAGGCACUUUCUAAGCCCAGCACCUCAGACAAUCACAUUCAAAUUUAUUAAUAAGGCAACUCAAAUGCAAGCUGUGGCAAAACAAAAACACAUGAGCAUAAAUUAUACAUAAGGGCAAAAACACCUGACCUAUACAAUAGAUAAGGCAUACAUAAAAAAAAAAAAAAAAAUCCCUUGGGGCACCUGCCGCUAGAUCAGCCUCUGGAUGAGGACUCCUGUAAAUGCUAUUUAUAGCUGUGCCAGAGAAGAAAUUGCAGGAGGUGCUGGUCUUUGUUCCUCUGUGCUACAAGCUGUGCCUCUCCGAAUUCCUUCUGGAACAUUGUGCUGUAUUUAUUUGUGAAUACUUGUAUGCAGUUCUGUGGUCCGAGGGCUCCCAAAAUGCUCUGCAUAAAAUGUUGCGAUAACAGUUGGUCCAUAAAAAAACACAAUGAAAAAUAAAAACAGCAAGAACAUAAAAAGAGCCUGUUGCACCAGCCUGUUGCCCAUGGCCCAUCUAGUCCAGCAUCCUGUUCUCACACUGGCCAACCAGGUGCCCCAGGUCCACAACAGCAGCAUCUAGCAUCCCUCCCUAGUAUCACAGACCUCUGAUAUAGCAGGACUCAAGAGCGUCAUCACGGCAGCCAUGUCCAGCAGCAGGUUCCUGCCUCCUUUAUUCCUGUUCGUUGCGGUACAUACAUUGGGUUUAGGCAAUUAGGCUGCCUUGACAGCGGUGGGCUGACCAUCCUCCAUGCCUUGUACUUAUCCAAUUAAGACUCUCCAGCACCCUCCCAUUAAGGUUUCCUGGAGACUUUUCCAGCUUGGCAGAGCUGUUGCCUGCUGCACUCUGGUUGCAAAUCCUUCAGGAGCUUGAGUUAAUUUCAGCUCUUGGAAGCAAGAGGCGCUCUGCAGAGGGGAGUCUAUGAAAUGCACAGAAGCCCCCGCAGAAGUAUUUGAAGAACCCAUGCAUUCAGGGGUCAGUCACACUCUGCCACAGAUGCCUUAUGGCUAUGGCUGCUGAGCAUGGCUUGGUUCUUCCACUGGCAGUGGAAACAGGGAGACCCACAAAUCCUGCCUCAGUUUCUCGGCUAGUAACUAGAAUUCUGUGCCACAAAAAGCUGCAUUUUGUGACCUUUAUAAAUUAUGCAGAUUUGUUUUCUGAUUUCUCCCACCUGCAUUGUUGCUAGUCAGGGGAUGAGAAAGAGCCCUGCAAAGCAUAUACAGGGAUUCCUCUGGCUGCUUGGCAUUUCCUUGGCAUUGACCACAAACUUUCAGGCAGCCGCAAGGACUAGAAGCUUUCCUUGAAAACAGAAUCUGCUUAGGAAAAGGAAUUCUAUAGUUAAUGCCUUUUUUAAAUAGCUAUUCUGUGCUUCGCCAACCUUCCCUACAGACCCCCUUGGGUGUUAAGAUCAACAGAGAGACCCUCAUGAUAUUUCUGCUGCCUUGGACUACUGGCAGAUGAAGACCAGGAAAGGGCAUUAUCUGGCUGCCCCUAAGCUGUGAAAUUCCAUCCUCACAGAGGUAUGGCUGGUACCUUAUAGUUUCCGUCAUAUGCUGAAGGAGUACCUCUUUACUCUGGCCUUUGGCAUCUGAAAUAUACAGUAUAGAAAUAUUAGGACCCUUUGGCAUCUGAAAUAUAUAUAAAUAUUAGGAACCAACCUAUUGUUCUUAUUGUACAUUGUUUAAAUUAACUGAUUUUAAUAUUGUUGUAACCUACCCUGGUACUGGGUUAAACCACAGAGCCUAGGACUUGCUGAUCAGAAGGUCGGCAUUUCGAAUCCCUGCGAUGGGGUGAGCUCCCGUUGCUCAGUCUCUGCUCCUGCCAACCUAACAGUUCGAAAGCACAUCAAAGUGCAAGUAGAUAAAUAUGUCCGGCGGGAAGGUAAACAGCAUUUCUGUGUGCUGCUCUGGUUUGCCAGAAGUGGCUUAGUCAUGCUGGCCACAUGACCCAGAAGCUGUACACUGGCUCCCUCGGCCAAUAAAGUGAGAUGAGCACCGCAACCCCAAAGUCAGUCACGACUGGACCUAAUGGUCAGGGGUCCCUUUACCUUUCACCCUGGGACUAUAUGGAGAAAGAGAAGUAAGAUAUCAAAUAAAUGAAUAACCUGAUGCCCUCCAGAUGCCUUGGACUACAGCUCUCAUCAGCCCCAGAUGUGUUGGCUGGGCUUGAUGGAAGUUGUAGUCCAAAGCAUCUGGAGGGCACCAGGCUGGCGUAAGGCAUAUAUGAUGCCCUGAUAAUAGGGUGGCCAGGUGCUAUAUUAUGAGAGGACUGGCCAACUCUUAUCUUUGAUAACUAUAUAAAAAAAUGAUAUUUCAGUAGCUGCAUAUUUUCUGAGUCCUGAGCAGAGCAGAGUGGGGGCAGGGGGAGACCUUGCUACUGUUGUUCCUUAGCUUUUAAGAACAUAAGAAGAUCCUGCUGGAUCAGGCCAAUGGCCCAUCUAGUCCAGCAUCCUGUUCUCACAGCAGCCAACCAGAUACCCCAGUGGGAAACCUGCAAAGCAGACCUAAAUGCUAAAGCACUCUCCUCUCUGCAGUUUCCAGCAACUGACAUUCAGAAGCGUUAACUGCCUCUGAUCGUGAAGCCAGAGCAUAGCCAUCAUGGUUAGUAACCAAUUCUAACACCGCCACCACCCCAAUCCUUGUGUGUUAAACACACCGGUUUCAGCCUUUGUGUGUUAGUCUCUUGUCUGCCUGUUGCGAUAUUACAAAGGCUAGAGAAUCUUCAGGAGUUUCCACCAUCUCUGCUACCCCACUAUCUUGCUUGCAUCUUGGACAAAGGAAUAAGCAAAAGGGGCUGCCAAGCCUGGGCUGGUUGAGGGGGAGGGGGGUAGCUGUGGAAAAGGACUCCUUCCUCGUAGGAAAAGAUGCUUUGUUCGCACAGCUGGUUUAGCCAUUAUGCGCUUGGGCACCAGCCAAACCAGGGUCCCUCUUGCGCUGCAGUUGUCUGCCACAUGGUGCCUCCCUUCUUUCCUUCCUGCAUUUGUCUCUUGAUCCCAUGGCAGAGAAGCAUCCCACCCUGUAUCUCUUGGGGAAAGGUAGUGGCAUUGAGGUCAUCUGCUAGAUUUGAUUUCCAGUAUGGAUCUUGUUCUUCUGCUAUUGUCAGCAGUGAUACUGAGCCUUCCUUAUGACCCAUUUACUUUUUGCUGGGCAGGAAAAUAAUCAGCAGCUAGGUGUGCAAAGUCCCAUCUAUCCAAAAUCCACAUGCGCAUCGGAAUGCAGAACCAAGUGCUGUUAUCUAUCAGUAUUGCUCGUUCAAUAGCAGACCUGCAUCUUUGGCUAUGCACAGCAAUCAGAAAUCAGAGAGUGACACAGAAAGCUGCCUUAUACUGGGUCAGAUCAUUUGACAAUGUAGUUCAGUAUUGUCUACACUGACCAGCAGCAGCUCUUCAGGGAGUCUUUCUCAAUUGGCCUUCAAUAUUGCAGGAAUUGAAAGUGGGACUUAAGGCAUGCAAGGCAGAUACUCCACCACUAAGCUACAGCCCUUGCCUUAAAAAUAAAGUAAGAUUCCAAUCAUAGAAUCAUAGAGUUGUGGAUUUGGAACUUGGAUCCCUGAGGAUAAUCUAGUACAACCUCCUGCAAUGCUGUCCCAUAGGGGGAUUGAACCUGCAACCGUGGUGUUAUCAGCACCAUCCUUAUGGUUCUAAACAGUGGGCUGAUUUAAAUAGGAGCCAAGGAAGUUGCCUUAUACCAAGCCAGACGAAUGAUCUAUCGCACUCUGUAUUGCAUACACUGACUGGCAGCACCAAUGGGUUUUUCCCAGCCCUACCUGAAGGUGCCUCGAAUUGAACCUACGACUUCUGCAGGCCAAGCAGAUGCUCUGCUACUGAGCGAUGGCCCAACACAUCAACUGGGAAUACAUCAAUGGGCCUUGCGUGUCUGGAAUCUUGCAGCACUGCAGAAAUGCAUAGAAACCCCAAAACACUUCCCUCUUGCGUUCCCUUUGGACGGGAGCAGCUGGCAUUGUGGAGUUUGGUGGAGGCAGUCUGGGGCCUCUGAAGGGCUCGGUGGAAAGCGAGCAGACAUCCCGCCCCUGAAACUGAGUAGACCCCUGCCGUCCUCCUCCUCCCUCCUGCAAUGUCUGCUUGGUGUCUGGCUGCUAGCACUGGGGUCCUUUUAUGUGGGCAAAGCUCUCUGCAGAUGGGCAUGCCUGCAAACAAUUAGGACGAGCUGUGGGCGGCGCAAUUUCUGUGGCUCUGGUCGAUACUUUCCAAAAAGCAAAAAGACACACACACACACACACACACACACACACACCCCCAAAUGGAGCAGAAACACUAAUAUGUAGAGGUGAGGAGAUUUGGGGCAUAUUUUUUGCUGCCUCAGGCAAAAUACCCCCCCUGAUGAUGAUGAUUAUACCCCACCAAUCUGGCUGAGUUUCCCCAGCCACUCUGGGCGGCUUACAGAACAUACAAAAACAUAGUAAACCUUGUCUUGUAGCAUAUUGAGUGAUCAAGAGUGGUUAAGGAUCUGAUUUUUCUGCCUCUUUCUUCCUCCUCUUUGAGCUGGUGAUGAUCAAGAGGCUCUGGAUUGUGUCCCCUAAAAUACUAUGUUAAUAGUAGUCCUUAUCCUUUUCAGACCCAUGUUCCACCUGUUUCCCAGACAUGCCUUUCAGGAUCCACAUCUUAAUAUAUAUCUUUUUGCCAUUUAUUUUUCUGAUAGUGAUUCCUGCCUUGCAAGGGGUUGGAGCAGAUAUUCCUUCGGGUCCCUUCCAACUCUGCAGGUCUAUGAUUCUACAGUAAAGAUGCUGUUACAACCCACUUACGUUAGGCAGCAACUGAGUGGUGCAGGACAGGGGAACAUUUUGCCCAUGAGGGCCACGUGCGGUGAUAGGUGGGCAGUCUGGGGCCACAUGCCAGUGGGCAUCAUCCAAGCCAGUGGUGGGCAGCGUGGGCUGGGCUGCUGGUGAGAGAAGGGAUGGAGGGCCACUCCACCAAUGCAUCUGGGGCACGAAACAGCUUUGCCUUCUCUUUGGAACUUCACCUUUUUUUUCCUAAAUUGAAAAGCCCCAAAUAUUGUGGAGUUAAAAGUAACUGUAAUGCAAGGCACACCUGCUGGAAUUCCAGCUUCCAGACAGCAAAUAACAGCACCAAAGUCUUGCCUUGUUCUCCAACUGACCAUCCUAGUCAAGGGGGUGCAGCCCCUGGUUAUAUUGCACUUACAUUUCCAUACUAAACAUUACCCCCCUGAUCCUGGCUCAGUUUCUUCAACGUCUUGUUCCUUUUAGAGCAACUGCCAUCCCUGCCACUCAGAACCAAAUACUUCCUCCCUUCUGCUGCUUCCUUCUCCUCCUAGAAAGUCCUAAAAGGAUUGAGCAGCUCAGCCCUUCCCAGGUGAUGCAUUUCCAGAGCAGACUUACCAGUAUGUCAGCAUCUCCUGUCCUGUUUGAUUUAUUUCACCAGCUUAUACCAUCAUGCCUUUAGGCAGGCGGUGAGUUGGUGCUUAACAAGGAAGGCAACUGGCACAAGCUGGGUGUGCCUGGAUUUGCAAAGCCCCUCUUGAGACAUCCUCAGCUCAUCUCUCCCUGCCCUGAGCUUCCCCUCUCUUUAAAAGGGCAGGAGGGGUAAGCAAUGCCUGCUCUCCGAACCCGUGGGAUAAGGGGGUGCUAUCCUGGCUAAAAUGUGUCUGUGAACUCCCAUAAUCCCUCUUGCUUCUCUGGAUGAAGGGUAGAGAGGUCUCUCUCGCUGUGUGUGUGUGUGUGUGUGUGUGUGUGUGUGAUAGCUGUCAACUUACAGAUUUGAAAAUAAGGGACCAGCAGCCUUGAAAAUAAGGGAUCAGCAGCCAAAAUAAGGGAUUUUAGUCAACCAGCAGCCAAACAAAGCUUCAAGCGGUGGUUCCCAUAGUGCAGCAACCCUGCAAAGAGGAUGCAGCAAAGAAAACCACCGUCACCUCUCUGCUGGGAAGCGCUGAGCAAAGGCGAGUCCCCAGGCAACGCGGCCGAUUUGAUCGGCACAAAGCAUGCAAGCUCCACCCCCCCAGUCGUUCUUAUACUCCUUAUUGGGUGAGCAACGCAGCCAACCAACACAGUUAGAGCCUCCUUCCUCCCUGGCCGGCAGGGAGGGAGGGAGAGGAGCUGCUUCCUUUGAAACCCGGAAAAUUUAAGGGACAUCACCAAUAAGGGACAGCAGCGGGACACGGCGCUGGGAUAGGGGACUUUGCCACCAAAUAAGGGACGGUUGACAGCUAUGGUGUGUGUGUGUAAAAACUAGACAACUGUUGGGGGGGUUACAUUUAUAGCUCUGCCCACUUCUACCUCUGGCCCUGCCCACCAUUGGCACAUAGCUCUUGGAACCGCCACCCCCAGGUCCAGAAAUAUUAUUGAAAAGCAUUGAACUCAAGGUUCUGCCCCCUCUCCUGUAGAAGCCAAGUUCUCUCUAUUGGGUUCUGCCCCCUCCCACAAAAUUCCUGGUUGCACCCAUGCUAACAUUUACAUUGUCUUUUCUGUAAAGGACUAUACAGUAUCUGUGUUUGCAGGGGGGCAAUAACAGCAGUUUUAAGUGCUACAAAAAUGCUACCUUGGGAGAAAAGGCCUUGGUCCUAUUCCAAAAAUGAGUGACAGUUGUGCAUUUAUUAAAUGAAAAGAUCCUGUAUUUCUGUGGAAAGGAGAGCACGGUCUGUAAAGAAAAUACCAUGCUUUGUAGGGUGAUUUUGCCAUCCAGCUGGCAUUAACUUUACUCAGGAAAUUCCUACAGGAUCUUGAGAGGUUUGGGGAGAUGCUUACUUGUGGCUCCCUUUCAGCACUUAAAAACUGCAUCCAUUUGCUUUGAUUAACCGAUGCAAACAAGCAAUGGCGGGCUCUCAUCUCCCCCACUCUCACUUCUGGCACACAUCUACACAUGUGGCAGCUCCACCACAGCGCAGCCUCAUGGAGUGUGUUUGCUUUGUGCAUGGGAAACCUUGACAGCCUUGGGAAUGUCAUACUCUUCUCAGCCUUACCUACCUGACAUAAAUAAGAUGAGAGUUCCAGAGCACUUUGCGUACUGAAAAAUGCUUCAGGAAUGGCUAGCAAUGGCAUGCUUAAUGUGAAAUGUUGAAAGCUACUAAACAGCAGAGUGUGUGUGUGUGUUUCGGCAGGGAGGGAGGUGUUUGCAAGAUGGUUGGGCUGUGGUGGCCCCUCUUAGCUGCAGGAGCCCUGGGUGGGAGGGCAAAGGUCAGGCAUGUUUAUCUAGGCUUGCUCAGGGGACAAAGGCAGGGAGCCCCCGGCAGCUGUUCUCCAACAUGGAGAAGGAAGAUUUCGGGUGUUUGAAGAUUAGAAGGAACAGAUUAGUCAUUUAUCAGAACUGCUGGGACUGGGAAAAGAUUGCUUUGUUGGCAGUCAUAGUAUACGCCCCAGGAGCCCACUUUCUAUAAUUUUGCACAGAGGAGCCCCAGAUUCCAUUGUUCAUAACCUACCAAAUAUGAUAAAUCUGGCAAGGGUCCUGUGUAGGCCCCUUCAAAACACAUGGGGACUGUGCAGAAGUACUGUUGUGUUCUAUGCACGAGAGCCCUCUCUGCUCCUGUGGUUUCCAGCAACUGGUAUUCAGGAGCGUUACUGUGGAGGCAGAACAUAGGCACCAUGGCUAGCAGCCAUUGAUAGCCCUCUCCUCCAUGAAUUAUUUGACUAAUUCUAUUUUAAAACCAUCUAAGUUGAGUUCCACACACUAACUGUACUGCGUGAAGAAGUACUUUCUUUUCCUCUGUCCUGAAACAUCCAACAUUCAGCUUUAUUGGAUUUCUACAAGUUCUAGGGACGUGGGUGGUGCUGUGGUCUAAACCACAGAGCCUAGGACUUGCCGAUCAGAAGGUCAGUGGUUCAAAUCCCCGCGACGGGGUGAGCUCCUAUUGUUCAGUCCCAGCUCCUGCCCACCUAGCAGUUCGAAAGCACGUUAAAGUGCAAGUAGAUAAAUAGGUACCACUCCAGCAGGAAGGUAAACGACAUUUCAGUGCGCUGCUCUGGUUCGCCAGAAGCGGCUUACUCAUGCUGGCCACAUGACCCGGAAGCUGUAUGCGGACAAACGCCGGCUCCCUCGGCCUAUAGAGCAAGAUGAGCGCCGCAACCCCAGAGUCAUCCGUGACUGGACCUAAUGGUCAGGGGUCCCUUUACCUUUACCUUUACAAGUUCUAGCAUUAUGAGAGAGUGGUGGAAAUUUUCUCUAUCCACAUUCUCCAUGUCAUUCAUAAUUUUAUAAGCUUCUAUCAUGUCGCCUCUUCCUUGCCUUUUCUGUAAACUAAAAAUGCUGCGAGCUUUCCUCAUAGGAGAGUCACUAUCCCGUUUCUGAACAUGGUCACAGGGAGGUGGGGGUCGCUUAUUAAUGAUGAUGUACAUCCCAGAAUCCUUUGCACCCUUGCAAGUGUUUCGCUUGGGCAAAACUCCCCCAUUGCACCGAUGAGCCGAUGGUCUUGGGUCAAACCAGCCUUGAAGCAGACCCUCUUGGCAACAUCUUCAAGCCUUCCUGGUCUGCCAGCGUGUCUCUCUGUGGCCAUCUGCUAUGUCCUGAAUGGCUUCCAUUCCCCCGACUGCUCCCCCUUCUUGGCUGUGUCUCCUCCAGUGAUUUACACACCUCUCUGUCCUUUUAACAGGCAUCCUCUUUCUUAGCAGCCUUUUCCUAUUUGUUUUUUUAAAGGGUAUAAAGAUGUGAGAGAGUGGGGAGGAGCAUACUAGGUAGCAACGGGUAGGGGAUGUUGAACAUCCUGGAUGAAUUUUGUGAACACCCCAACAUUUUUUCCUAUAUUUCCCCAACUCUCCUUCGGCAACUUAUAAGAAAAAAAAUGCUCCUUUUCCCUUAUGGGGUACCCAAGAGCCCAUAUAGAGUCCUUUUGUAGGUUCUCUAUCGGUAGAAGAAAAUAGCAGAGGUCAACCAGAGAAUAAUGAGAAGCAAAGCAGCUAGUAAGCCUGAUCUUUAUUAACUGUUGCAACAGGUUGCUCACAACCACAUGCAGGAGGCAGGAGGGAGCCUGAACAAUGGUGCGCAAGCCCUUAUAUAGACUUUUGAAAUUGUCCACCCUGCAGCCCAAGACCACCACCACCCAUACAUCAUACAUACAUACAUCAGAGAAUCCUGUCUGGCAGGAAAGCUGUUGAUGGGUUUACCUGGCUAUUAAUGGGUUUACCUGGACAACCUGGUUAUUCUUUUGUGAUAAUAAAUACUUAAUUCCUGAGUCCAGGUCACAGGCUCGCCCUAUUCAUAUCUUAAAUGUGCCCUUAAGGCAGGAUUUGUGAGCAAACAGACAAUGGGGAGGUUUUCUCAUUUCUUCCGUCCUUGCAGAGAAACAUUUGAGAUCAAUUCGGGAGGGACAAAAUGGUUUCAGGACUUUUUCCUGUACUGUUUCAGACAUGUGGUUUAUAUAUUUAUGUAUGUGUUUGCUUGAUACAUUUAUUUUAUAUCAUAAUUCUCAUAGCACAACUAAUGCUAGCAAUCACAUGUAGCUGAUGCUCACAGGUGAAUCUCCGACUUUUUAGAUGUUCACAACAUUAGAUUACCAGCCGUUUCAUACCAACGCCGACAGCUGCUCUAUUUCGGACAUUCAUUUUUAAUGUAUAUCAAGUACAAAUUGGGGUAGAGAAAUCUGUGGCCUUCCAAAUGCUGUGGGAAUCCCAUCAGCCCUGCCUAACGUUGCCAGGAACAAUUGGAGGUGUAGUCAAGAAACAUCUGGAGGACCACAUCUGCUUGUUGCUGUGGAGGACCACGGCUUGUGUAAAAGCCAAUUGCUUUUCAGCACAGUCUUGGAACAUAUAUGCAGGAAAUCAGCUGAGUUCGCAGUUUGAUGCACCUUUGCUGGCAAAUGCAAGGCUCGCUGUCUCCCUGUGGCUCUGUCAGGCUGCCCUUACAUCCAUUCCACCAUGAGCACCUCUUGAGCCAGGAUUGAAAGCUCGCAGAUCUCAGUCCAAGUACACGUGGAACCUCCAAAUUGGCCCUUUCUCACAUGGUUUUAGAGCUGGGCCCAGAAAAUACUGUGAAUUGCUGGAAACCAUCUGGGGCGAUAGGGGACCAGGCAGGAGGAACAGGGCAUGGGUUUGGAAGAUCUCACAGAUCUCUGCCUAUUUGCCAGCCUCUUGAGACUGGGAAGGGUCUCCUGUCAUCAUUUAGGGGGCUUCUGCCUCCAGCUGCUUGUCUGUUAAGUAACUAGAGAGCAGCAGACUUCUGGACUGAGGCUGGGGGAAGGAGAAAGGCAGCCAAGGAAUUUGGGUUGGAAAGAUGUGUCUGGAAGAGGCUCCAUCUUUCCUUGUUUUGUUUUUUGGUUUCUUGUGGGUGGAUGUAAACGCAAGCCAGACUUCCUGUGAGAGGGAGGAAAGGGGCCCAGGAUUUCUCUGGAUCAUCUUUAGGCAGCCAAGAGAGUGGAGCAGUCGAAGCAGUAGAGGGUGAGAAAGUGGUAGAGUUGGGAUAGGUUUGGGGCAAAUGCGGCGAAUGCUGAGGGUGGGAGCAGGGCAUGGUGCCUCCAUCUCUGAAACAAGCUUCACUAUUGCAUGCAUAUAUGAAUGAUUUAAACACACAGUCCCUCCUAACUGGGAGAUUUGUGUACGUAAUAAUAGAUUCCCAACAAAAAUCCACUUUUAAAAGUGACAACAGUAUCACACAACACUCCCUGCCUAAACUGCCCCAUCCCAAGGCAUCACCCCUGAUUAAUGCUGGCAGGAAGACAUCACUUGUUUCUGUCAUACCAGGGACAAAUUUCUUUUGUAUUGAAUCCAUACCCCGCCCUUCCUCCCCUAGGACCCCAGAGCAGCAAGCAAACACACAACUCAAAAAGAAAAAGCAAACACCUUCAGAACAGUUUAUAGCACUGGUGUCCAAACUUUUUUCAAAGAUGAAGUGAACAUGCGUGAGGGCUGGACAAAGUUGUUGAGCUUCUUUUAGGAUUGCUCCCCACAGAAAUUGUUGGGUUUAACUUACAUUUACACUUAGAUGUUGAGGAGACAGAAGAGAACAGUGACUGUGGUCAAACGUCAAUGAAACAAGCUCUUCAUCAUUGUUGGCAUCUCCUUUCCUGGGCUUUAAAACUCCUGAGACUCUACAGCAGCCUUUGUCAACCUGUUGCCCCAGAUGAUGGGAGACUACAACAUGCAGCAGCAACAGCAACAGAUAGCAUGAGAGCUGAGGCAUGAUUUGAUGAAGUGAACAUGCGCGAGGCCCGACCAUUUUGCCUGACCUUCUUAGAAUCAUUAAAAUCCAAUGCAAAUUUUAUGCAACGAUUUUAUGCAAAGUUUAUUGCAAAUGGCAUGCUUUUCAUUUCGUCACAUGGAUGACAAAUCUAUACAGGUGUUAAAUCACUCUGCCUUUCAUAUCUGAAGGCCAGAUGAAAAAUAAAUCCCGAAAGCUGAAAUAUAUGUCAGGAACAUUGUAAAGUACAUUACACAGUGAUAAAGGUUGUCUGUCAACUUUUAAGUUCACAACAUAUGAACAGGAACAUAACACCAGGUAUACUUGUUGUGUCCAAAUAUAUUUAUACCUGAUUUAGACCAACUGACAUUAACUGGGAUUUUACAAUGUAUUCAUCUCAAUUGGGGGGGGGGACAUGCCUGCACUAAUGCGAAGGGUGAAACAGAGAUCUUCUGGACUGCAACUGAGGGAUCCCCUCCCCCUCCUGCUUGCACAUAAGUAGGAGUGGGAUCGGGGCUGUUUUGAUGGGAUCCCUGUCCCCUCCUGCUUGCACGCAAGUUAGAGUUGGGAUGGGGCUGCUCCGAUAGGCAGUGCGAAGUCUCCCUUCCCAGCUGAGGGAUCCCCACCCCCUCCUGCUUGCACACAAGUAGGAAUGGGAUUGGGGGUGCUCCGAUGGGAAGGGAGGCACCACGUUGCCCAAGCCUCGCCACUGCCGCUCUCGGCCCUCCUUCUCCACCUUCCAUGCCUGACCCACUGCGCACCACUUCCUCACCACCACCAAAGAACCAACAACUCAGGGGCUGCCCAGGCUCAUGGAGAAAGGAGAUAGAAGCCUGAGAGGAAGGGGAAACAUGGCAGUUGAGGUCAAGGUGGUGGCUGCCCCUCUGCCACCGCCAUCGCUGCAGCAUCAACGUCCUGAAUGUGUACUAUAGUAUUUAUUUAUUUAGCCACAUUCCCCCCCCCCAGCUGACCAGAUUGGUCGACCCAAGGAGUCACGCAGCCAGGACUCCCUAAUGGCCACUCCCCCUGUGCAGAGGGGAGAGCUCAUGACAAGCCCACAAAAAGGAAAUGGCUUUGGUGGGCAGGCGCUUAGGGGCCGCAAGAGAUUGUUUUUUCAAAAUUGCUGGGGGCGGCAUUUGAAACCAGCCCGGGGGCCACUUUGGACAUGCCUGGUUUCUAGUGUUUUAAAAAACAAUUGCGAUCAAAAACAGUCCAAAACAGUUACAGUUAAAAGCAUUCUUCCAUCCAGUAAUCUCAGGGUUGCCAGGAACAGUAUCCUUCACCCACCAAAUGUGCCUCGGCAAGCUGAAUAUUCACUUCCUUCUCACAAGCUGCUCUGUUCAUCAGCAUUCUAUUGUUGACACGUUUCCCCUCAGCAGCUGGAAUGUCCACAAACAUCCCAUAGCAUCACAGGAACUCACAUCAAUGGCUAGGUUGGUGCCCCAUAUGCAGAAAGAUAUUUUAGCCUAUGUAAAAUGUGACUCUUUACAAGACUCCUGUUUUGCCAUACUGUAUGUGACUGGGAGUGAACAUUUUUGCCUCCCAGGUAGGAAAAAUGGUUCUCUCAAGAGCCGGUUCACUUCUCUGCCUAAUGCCUCCUGCCUUAUUUUUAAGCACAGGCGAAGGGCAAGUGAUCCAUUUUAUCUUUGGCCAGUGGAGAAACUGUGUGGGUAUUGCUUAAUGACAGUCUCUUGGCAGGCCCGCUGGCCUCAGUCUGUGCCUUUGUGGUUUCCAAUUUCCGUUGCAUGUCUGUGUGUUUGUAUCAGUCUGAAUGCAAUUAUCCUCCUUGCUUUUGUUUGUUCCCUUUCUUCCAGGCUAAAAAUUUAUUCCUCCGCGCCCCCCCCCCCGCCCGCUCCCUCCAAUUUUGUCCGUCUCCUUCCUACAAUUUCCAGGCCAGGUUCCAAAAGGAGUUGGAAAUGGCAUGACGUCACCUUGUGCCCUGCUGCUGCUGCUGCUGCUGCCCCCGGCAUUACGUUCCUCUGAGAAAGGGGUAGAUCCCUUUCCAGGCUCCGUUGCCAAAGCACAAACUGAACCCCUUUGCAUUAAUUUAAACAAGGAAUGAUCGUGUGCUUUUGCAGUUUGGGAUAUACAUUUUCAAGCUGCUCUUGGAGACCACCCUUUCAAACCAUUUUAGCAUGUGUGGGGAGGCAGGGGCAUGUUGAUAUGAGCAAGUGAGAUUUAGUAGCUCUGGCUUCCAGACAGGGACUAUUGCAGACGGGUCCGUUGGAUCUUACUUUUCUGUGUGUGCAUUUGGGACAUUAUCAUGCACACAUGCCCGGUUUUUUGGCCCUGGACUUCAAUUGCUAUUCUGCUGCUUGUCUUCCACGUCAGUGGGAGGAACUUGAUGGGAAUGUAUCUUGGAUGUGCUUUCUGUCUCCCUCCUUAGUUGCUCCUCUCCCGUUCCACUACUCCUCCCCCCCAUUCUGCUUAUUUCUAUAUCUAUGCGUACAAACAUUUUUAUUUUAAAAAGCAAAAACCCAGAAAUUUUACAAUAACUUAAGAGUGCAGAUAUUAUCAACCUAAUCUUGUAAGUUACAUUUCAAAAAAGACAAAAUAGAGGCUUGUGCUUUUGGAUGUGGAGGGGCAAUAUCAGUUUCCAUUUUGGGGUGGGGUAGGGGUAAUACUGAGGGUUAUAAAGCUUUCUUGCUUUAUAUUAUUGCUCCAUUAUUAUUGCUAUUUUUAAAAACCUGAAGUACAUACUGUGAUUAAAAUCUCCACAUAUUUCUGUGUGCAAAUCUUGAGAUACUUUUUAUUUAUUUCAUAAAAUUUCUACACCACUUGAUUGUAAAAUAAAUAAAAAAAACUCAGAGCUUUUGACAAAUGAUAAUAUGUCCUCUUAAGUAGACAUUAGGCAAUCAGCACAAAUAGGUUUAUUUCCUUUGUCGUUGGGGGCUGCCAGAAACAAGGGGGCUAAAUUGUGCUCAGUGAAGAGCAAGCAUCGUCAUGUAAAGGAAUUUGCCUGUUACAUUCCAAGCUGGCAACAUGAAAGGCUGUUAUUCCAAUGAACUCAAAGUAGCAGACAUGCUUCCCUCUUCCUUCCAAUUUUAACCUCACAACAACCCUGUGAGGCUGGUUAGGCUUAGAGGCAGUGACUGGCACCCAAAGUCACCCAGUGAGUGUCAUGGCUGAGCAGGGAUUUGAACCAGACCACACACGCAAAGGGCUUUGAGCACCUGAAAAGCGUUAUGCAAAUCAUAAGUUUCUAUUCUUUCCUGUGCACACACCUCAUUCCCUCAUCCAUUGUGAUGGAAGACAGUAAUGAAAACUAGAGCUAAGGAUGUCACAUGCAGCCAUGUGCAAGUUCCACAGACCCAAUGGUCUGACUCAGUAUAAGGCAUGUUCCUGCGGAUUUGUAAUAUUUUUUCCUCCCUUAAAAAAAAGCAGAAGCAAUAACAAAUGGUGAAAGGCUGCAACUGAGAAUUGCUUGUGUUUUAGGCCACAAUAGUAGAUUCGGUUUUAAUUCCUUUUUCUUAUUUAUUUAGGUCUCUCUAUCUGCUGGUUUCCACAGCGACACUGGACUCACUGA